GCAUUCGCGCCGCCACCUCAGGUCGCGGCCGUGGCCGCCGAUGCUGUCGAAGAGGAACCUCAGUCUUCUGCUGCUCCCGUUUGCAGGCGUGCCGCUGUUUCAAUGGGCGCGCUCAAUGCCGCAGGCGGAUCUGCACGACAAUUCUCCGCAUGCACCAGAUGCAGCUACUCUGGCACUCAUCGCUGCUCGCACACGCGCCACAAACGCAGCAGCUGGUCGUGCGGACGUGGCAAAGGUCAAAGCCGGAGGCGUCAGUGGUGGUGCCAGCAGCAGCAGUGUCGGCAGCAGUGGCGGCGGCAGCAGCGGUCGCAACAUCUCCGGCGUGGCAGUGCAAGGGUGUCCCGCAUCGCGCAAGCCGUUCCACGUGGUGCUGACCGCCACGGCGGACAACUACCAGUCAUGGCAGUGCCGCAUCAUGUAUCACCACUGGCAGCGCGUGCGGGACUCAGACCCGGCGGGCCGCUGCACCGAGCUGACCGGCUUCACGCGGCUGGUCGCGUCGCCAGGCGGCCGUCCGGACGGGCUCGAGGCGGAGAUACCGUCGCAUUUCACGCCCGAGUACGAGCCGGCCGACAUCUCUCGCUUCCACGGCUACCGCGUCAUCAACCGGCCCCGCAGCGUCACUUACUUCCUCAAGUCGGCCCGGUACGCCGCGCUGCAGGAAGAGUACCUCCUCGUCGCAGAGACGGACCACGACCACGUGCUGCUGCAGCCCAUCCCGAACCGCGCCGAGCGCGGCUCGCCGAUGGCGUACCUCUUCGGCUACAUGGGCCCCAACCCGACCCACGCGCCCUUCAUCAAGCGGGUCUGGCCGGCGGGCGGCGAGGCGGGCUACAAGCAGGUGCAGUCGAUCGGCCCGUCGCCCGUGCUCAUCCACAGGGCCGACCUCGAGGAGGUGGCAGGGCCGUGGAGCGAGACGGCGGUCAAGCUCAAGACGGACCCGCAGGCACGCACGCCACACCCUCGGCUGUGCGGUCGAGGUUGGGAGGAGCUGGUCGGGAUGGCUGACAGCAUUGAUGAUGCCUCAGGCCUCAGCGGCGGGGAUGCCUCAGGCCUCAGCAUUGAUGAUGCCUCUCAGGCCGACCGCACCCUCGGUUGGGUGAUCGAGAUGUGGGGCUACUCGAUCGCCUCCGCCUCCAUCGGGCUUCGCCACCAG